UUGGGGAUUGUAUAGCUAUUUUAUAGCUACAGCUCUUAACAUUUCUCUUUCAGACUGAAGCCAUUUAACAGACUGCAAGUAAUAUUACAGCACUUGAAAACAUGUCAGCAUACCGAUUCUGCAGCUGAUGUUCUGUUGCAAAAGAGAGGAGGCGCAGGAAUAAUAACUUUGAACAGACCCAAGGUUCUCAAUGCACUAAGUUUGAGAAUGAUCCAACAAAUUUAUCCACAAAUAAAGGCUUGGGAGCAAGAUCCUGAGACUUUUCUAAUAAUUAUAAAGGGAACUGGAGAAAAAGCUUUUUGUGCUGGCGGUGAUGUUAGAGCUAUUGCAGAUGCAGGAAAAGCUGGAGACAGAAUGACACAAGAUUACUUCAGAGAAGAGUAUACACUGAACAAUGCCGUUGGCACUUGCAAGAAGCCAUAUGUUGCACUUAUUGAUGGCAUUACAAUGGGAGGGGGAGUUGGCCUCUCGGUCCAUGGACAUUUCCGAGUUGCGACUGAAAAGACAGUUUUUGCAAUGCCAGAAACAGCAAUAGGCCUUUUCCCUGAUGUAGGUGGAGGUUAUUUCUUGCCAAGGCUUUCAGGAAAGAUCGGCUAUCUCCUCGCACUGACAGGAUUCAGGCUGAAAGGAAGAGAUGUGCUAAAAGCCGGCAUCGCCACGCAUUUCGUGGAAUCAGAAAAGCUACCUGACUUAGAGAAAGACCUGAUAGCAUUGAAAUCUCCUUCAAAAGAAAAUAUUGCAGACUUGCUGAGCUCUUACCACAAUCAGACCAAAAUUGACCAAGAAAAGGAGUUUGUCCUUGAUGAACAUAUGGAGAAGAUUAACAGUAUUUUUUCAGCAAAUAGCAUGGAAGAAAUUGUUCAAAAGUUAAAGCAAGAUGGUUCUCCUUUUGCCAUGAAGCAGUUAGAGACUAUGAAUAAGAUGUCGCCUACAUCCCUAAAGCUGGCUCUCAGACAACUCAGAGAAGGUGCUUCCAUGAGUUUACAAGACGUGUUCACAAUGGAGUACAGACUGAGCCAGGCGUGCAUGAGAGGCCAUGACUUCUAUGAAGGGGUUCGAGCAGUGCUGAUUGACAAGGACCAGUCCCCCCGCUGGAAGCCUGCUGCUCUGGAAGAAGUCAGCGAUGAAUUCGUGGACAAUUGUUUCAAGCCUCUGGGAAACAACGACCUCAAGUUGUAGAGAUCAUAUCUACUGACAUCUUACACAUCUGCUUCAUUUUAUGCUAUAAAAACUAAGAACAGCGUGAUGAAGUAUGACGAAGCUCUUAGCCAGCCUGACUUGUAACUAUUUUUCACUUUCAGUACCAUUCUCUUUUGUUAUGUAGCUGUAACGACAACAUGAUUACAUCUCUGGUUAAUAAGGGGAAAAAUGACUUGAAGGCAAAUAGUUAUUCUGACUGCUGUUAGACAAUGAUUAAUGUUCAGCUUUGGGCCUCAGCCAUUGAGGGGAAUCUUGCGGGGAGACAGUGCGGCUCAGGGAUGGGCUGCAGAGCAGGAGCUGAGGAACCCAUGGUGUUCCUGGCUCUGUUGCUGGGCUGUUGAAGCAAGAUUGGGCCUCUGAUUCUUCUCUGUGCAAUGAAAUUAAGAUAUACUUAAAGCAUUAAAACAGUCGGAGCUACAAAUGCCAGACAUGCUAAUUUCAUGGCGUUAAGUAGUCUUUUAAAUCAAAGGUCAGACUGACGUAUGAUUAUUAGUCUGAGAGCAAGGAAUUAUUCUAUUGAUUUAACAUUUGGUCUGUGUUCAGCAUUGCCACGUGAUGCAGACGAUGUUUCAAAUGUCAUAAUAGCGUCAGAGCCCCGAGCACUUUUCUUUCCGCUGGUAAAAUCUAUUUUGUAAAAACGCCAUUGAUUGAAUUGCAUAAUGAGCUUCUCACGAUUUCGAGCAUUGUUGGAGCUUUUCCUGCUCUCCCAGUGGCAAAGAAGUCACUGUCUCCAGCCUCCUCUGCCUGCAAAGGAGCACGUUGGCUGCUGGUGGUCCAGCAAUUCCAAAGGCAGUGGCCCUGAUGCUCACGUGGCUGCAGCGUGGCUGCACCAUGCCGGCUGGCUUCAUUUCUCCUUGUGCCCAGCAGCGUCCUGAGCUGGAGCCGUCCCUGACUGCUGGGUGGGAAACUUGGGACAGGUAGGAGGAAUGCAGCAGGAUGCACUGGUGAUAGAGAAUAGUGGCAAACAGAAUGCCUCCUGCCACACAGACCCUGAAGUUCUUUAACACAACAAAUCUUCACAGGUGUGUCUGUGGGGACCAACAUUUAAACAUUCAUCAAAAAAACACUCAAUGUUCAUUAAAGGUCACUGAAUUCUGUCAGUAACAGUGUUUAAAGUUCUGUGAUACAACCAGAGCCCCUUGAUACUACUAACAUACUGUAGAGAGGGGACAAGACUUAUUUUUCUAUUGUGCAUGCAAAGCACAGCUACAGAUCUUUGUUCAGUAUGAAGGCUGCACGCUUUUAUAUACUCAAGCAAAUUGUACAUCGGUACCUCUUCUGACUUGUUUCCACAGUUAGAGACAGGUUACAAAUGCACAAUUUGGGAAGAGGAACCACUGACAUUAAGGAAAAAUCAGUCUUGCUCAAUACCAUCAGUUAUCAGCACUGGGACUAAAAUCAGAGCCAUGGAAUGGUUACAGAGCUCCCAGCAUUUGGCAGCUUCUGUUACCAGCAGCACUGGUCAGUGCUGGCUAAGAGCUCUUUCCUUCCUAAUGCUGUUGCCUGGAAACAAAGUUCAGGAAAUUCAAGCAUCAAGGUGAACUAGAGUGUCUUUCAGAGAAUUAAAGGUGAGCACAAUAAAGAAAAAUGGCUCUUUGCAUUGUCACUAGAAUCUGGAAAGUAAAAUUAGGAACAUGUCAGCUGCCAUGUAACAUUGCUCUGUACAUAUUUACAAGAGAGACCCUGGGUUUAUUAUUAAAAGUAGCUGAGAGGCUUUGUUAACACCUUUGGGAUAGCUUCUAAAAAUACGACUCAAAUUUCUCACUUACCUGUGCCGUAAGAAAUACAGACCUUCCUCUUCUUUUAAAAUUCUAGAUUCUUAAACAACUACUGUAUUUUAAAAAGAACUGGUCCAUGCCUCUAUUCCUGUACAAACACUACAACUGUCAGCUGCUGCAUUCAUGGAAUAACACAGUGAUCCCCGUGGUGUAGAGAUUGUCCCUUCUGUGCCUGAGAGGGACCUGCAGUAUUUUAGCUGCUGCUGAACCAGGAAACAGUGAUGUGCACAUCUGUGUGCUUCCGAACUUGACGUGAAUCAUCUGGAGCUCACAGUAAUGAGACCCUCUCCAACUUGUGCCUUUUUACCAAAUAAAAGUCGUAUAAGCAGA